UCUACAGUCAACAAACAUUUAUGAAGUACAUACUAGUACCAGUACACUGUGCUAAGUAAUGAAGAUACAAACAAAAGAUAAAAGACCUUGCCCUUGAGGAGUUCACGAUCUAAUAAUCACAGGACAUAGUUUGGGAAAUACUGGCAUAAAAAAGAAAUGAAACAUUCCAAAACUCAAUACAGAACUAAAUAUGGCUGUGGCAGAGAAAUGAAAACAAAUGUGAAGGAAGGGGAGACCAAACCCAAAAGCCAGUGGUGAUCUCCUUUGAGAAUCAAGGCUGGAACAGCUUGAUUGGCAGCUGGUGCUCAGCACAGGUACCAUAACAGUAACCUUGGAGUGAGAAAAAGUUGGGUUCAUUCUUCUGGUCUAUUUUGAACAGCUGUUCAUUGACACUUCCAUAACUCAGUUGCCUGGGAUCUUUUAACCUUGUCCAACUUGCUCAUGUUAUUGAUGAAGAAGCUGAGGCCCAUGGAGGGUGCAAAAGGGAAACCAGAGAACUCAAGCAAAGUGACUAAGGAGGCGGAGAAGAUGGGUCUACUCAGCAUAGACUUGUUGAUUACACUGCAAAUCCUGCCAGUUUUUUUCUCCAACUGCCUUUUCCUGGCUCUCUAUGACUCGGUCAUCCUCCUGAAGCACGUGGUGUUGUUGCUGAGCCGGUCCAAGUCCACUCGUGGCGAGUGGCGGCGCAUGCUGACCUCAGAAGGACUACGCUGUGUCUGGAAAAGCUUUCUCCUGGACGCUUACAAGCAGGUAAAAUUGGGUGGAGAUGCCCCCAACUCCAGUGUAAUCCACAUUACCAGUGCGGAAGUUGGCAGUGGUCAACAGAACAAUUCCAGGUGGAAGAGAUUUGAUGGGGGAUAUGGAGCUGAGUGCCAUCUCCUGGAUUUUGCCAACCCUGAGCGUCCACUGGUUGUCAACUUUGGGUCAGCCACUUGACCACCAUUCACAAGCCAGCUACCAGCCUUUAGCAAGCUGGUGGAAGAGUUCUCAACAGUGGCUGACUUCUUGUUGGUCUACAUUGAUGAAGCUCAUCCAUCAGAUGGUUGGGCGGUGCCUGGUAACUCCUCUGUGUCUUUUGAGGUGAAGAAGCACCGAAACCAGGAAGACCGCUGUGCAGCAGCCCAUCAGCUCCUGGAGCGCUUCUCCUUGCCGCCCCAAUGCCAGGUGGUGGCUGACUGCAUGGAUAACAAUGCCAACAUAGCCUAUGGGGUAUCUUUUGAGCGUGUGUGUAUUGUGCAGAGACAAAAAAUUGCUUACCUAGGAGGGAAAGGCCCCUUUUUCUAUAAUCUUCAGGAAGUCCGACUUUGGCUAGAAAAGAACUUCAGCAAGAGAUGAAAUCCAGGUUAGCUGGAGGAAUUUGAGUUGCAUAGUACCCUAUUAAAAAUAACAAAAAGUGGGGGGAGAGAAGGAUGUACCAGAUCCAUAAUUUCAACUGGAUCUCAUUCCCCCAUUGCAGGAGAACAGUUUGAAUAGCCAUCUCAGAAGAAUAAAACCAUCCCUAACAAACUAUCAACACUUUCCCUACCAAAAAAAAUAAUACCUACCUAACCAGCAAUUCCAUGUUAUCUUUACACUUUUUGAAAAAGAGCCUAUGAUGAGCAGGAAGAAAACCUAUUUCUAAGUGCCUCCAUCCUGCCUUGAGAUGGAAUUAAAACAACUGGUGCUUGCUUUGGGAAAAAUGGGAAAAAUACUUCAGCCUGCACAAGAGAAAGGCCAGGGACAAAAACUAAAUUAAAAUAAUGAUUAUUAUCCAAAAUUUACCCAUUAUGAGUAGAAGAUUGUUGGUAAAUCCCUAAGUAUUUGUUUAUAGUGAGUCUUGGGGGGGGGGAAGGGGGCAUCCACAUAGUUGUCAUCCUGAUUUUUAGAAUGUUGGUGUCAUCUCUGGUUCUAUCUCUGCUUGUACUGUAAAAUGCUGGCCUAAACAUCCAAGAUUCUCUGAAUAAUUAGGAGUAGAUUUUGAGGACCUUUCCUCAGUUUGAAGGGUUAGGUUACUCUCUGGUCAAAAGGUAAAAUAGUUAUAGGAAGUACACUGGACUUCGAGUUUUAUUUACUGAGUUAAAAUUCUGACUAUCAUUUAUCAGUUGUGGGAUCUUAGACAAGUCAUUUAAUAUUCCUGGUCCUCAGUUUUCUCAUCUGUAAACUAAGGAUUUUGGAUUAGAUGGUCUCCAAAGGCCUUUUAAACUUAAAAGCAAUAUAAUUCUUCCGUAAAUGACAACAAAGGAAAAGAGAAAACUCAAAGAUCAAGAGACUACGACAGAGUUUUACUUUGAAGCAGCAGAGAGGCUAACUAGUUAGUUAGGAAUAGAAACACAUAACCACAUCUGAUUAAUGCUCCAGGCCAGAGAAAAUAGUUUUAUUGAAACCCAUCAGAGACCCCAUGAGUGGGAAACAAUUUAUUUAUCUGAUAAUGAGAGAGGGGGGGAGGGGAGGAGGGAGCUAGAAAGCUAAUGGGUAGUUUUGCAUUUUUAUAUUAUAUAAUUUAUUUGUCUUUAGUUUGUGUAAUUGGAGUGGGGGAAUAAACAUACCAUGAUACCUCACUGAGAAUGAACUAGUGCCAUAGGUUACUCUGUGGUUCCAACAGUGUCAGUUGUUGAAAUGUUACAUAGCUCCACUCAUUCCUUGGCAUGGAAUACUUAUUGGUCUCUAUAAUGAUGUUCUUCUAUAUGUUGAGCUGAAAACAUUGCUGAAAUAUUUCAUGAAUCUUCUCAGCUGCCAUGCAGGGAAUGAUUUAUUUGUUGCUCAACUCAUGUAGCCUUAUUGUCCCACAAAAGUAGGUAACUUAUCAAGAAUGAUGCAAAUAUGGUUUUCUUAGAACCAUGAGUGUUGAGUCAUCAAGCAUUUGUUAAAUGCCUACAAUGUGUCAGGCACUGUAUUAAGAACCUGAGAAAGUAGGAGAAAGCUAGUUGGAAAAUGACUCCCAUCAGAAUAUAUCAGAGCCUUUUUAUAGUGCAAUCCACAAUGACAGACAUGGGCUGUGUCACAACAAAAUUCCCACCAUUAGAAAGAAUUAAGAAUUGGAUCUGACUUGGCCCCCUCCAUCAAGGGUUAAUCCUUAAGAAUAACCAAAAGACUUUGUUAUAAAGUGUGAGUUUCCUCUACUACAUUGUUAUGUGCUAUAGAUGGAUUUUUAUUAAACUGCCAGGUUAUAGAAACAUUUUGAGAAGACAACUAUCACUUUUCUUGAAGAUCAGACUUUAGGUAAUAUUUAAAGGCUAGGAUAUAAAUAAAAUAAAAUGUGAACACUUUUUUUUUGUAAUUUGAGAAUUUCAAAUUUCAGUAGAUGUCAAUAUUUAUGAACAUAACUCUUACUUAUUAGUAAUUUUAAAGAAGAUCAACACAGAAACAAUACUAAGUUCAGGUAACUGUAUCUGAAAAGAAGUAAUUAUGUAUUGCAAAAGACAAAUAUCAUCCCAUUGAGAAAAAGUAUAAACUUGAAAGUACUGAAUUUGCAUAUCAGAAAAAUAAAGUUUCAGAAUUGAAAAAAAAAAUUCUGUACUGAAGUACAGCUCAAAUUUUUUCCCCUUCUAAGUUUCCUAAACCAUCUAGCUUUUUCAGUGUUUCAUACACAGAAGAGGUAAAUGGAAUUACAAGACUCUAAGUUACUUAAUGACUUGCUACUAAAUAAUAUUUUUUUAAAAAUAUAAAAUGUUUACAGAUUCCUGAAUUUUUCUCACUUGGAAUUUUUGCAUUAAAAAAUUAUUGGUUUAUUUGCCCAGUUUCUUUGUUUUUCAAAAUGGGGUUAGGACUUAUAUGGUGCCCUUAAGAGAUCUCAUAAACAUCAGUGGCACCAUAUGAAUGAUGUUUUCCUUGGAAGUAUCUUCUUGUUUGUUUUUUCCCCUAUGUACAGAACUGGUAUUGUAUGUCAGAGAAGGUGGGGGGAGGAAAAAUGAGAUUCCAAGAAGGUGAUGCUCAUUGUCCAGAUUAAGAGUUGAAUAAAAAAUACUUCUGUGUUCUGGUUUUGCUAUGAGUAUGUAGAAAGAAGUGCAGAAUAUAUAGGUGAAUCAUUUUGCAGAGGAUAAGCAGGUAGAGAAACAGCAAUGGAAGUUAGUAAAUGAAAGUAUAGGACAGAUAUCAGGGGAAAAAUUAUUUUUAAUAGGGAGAUAUAUCCACUUAGAGCAGAUUCCCCAAGGAAGAGCAUGGAAACCCUACCAUUACACAAGGGUAAGGCAAUUUGCUAUACAUAACCCAUUUCACACCUCAACAAGCAUGACCAGAGAGGCUGCUAUAUUUGUAUUAUUAUGCCCUUUGUUUACAGAACAUACUUCUGAUUCUUGUGACAAUUUAUUUCUAAGAAUCUUAAUAAUCCUCUGGGAGAUGAAACAUCUUUUGGUGCUAGUCUUUCAUAUAUACAUAUUCACAUAUAUGUAUACACAUACCGCCACAACUGUGAUUUUGGCAUCUGUCAUCUCAUUUGAUCAUUUUCGUUUGACAGGCCAUAUUUAUAUCAGGCUCUCAAUUUAAAUAUAUUAACUGGACUAGCUUUUAUGUUAUUGAAAUUGUUUUGUAGCUACUUAAGCCUUUGUUAGAAGCUAUGGAUUCAUAUUUUAUUCAAUGAUUUGAAGUUUUAUGAUGUAGAACUGUUCAAAACUUACUUUAUUACUUAGAAGAUUGACUAGGACUUUCUCAAAUGGACAUGAAUGAAGUGUCCUUCAAGUAAUGGCAGACAUUUAAUACAAUAUUAAAAAUAGCUCCUGAUCUUGCAAGAGUUAAUCAGAUUAGAAAUGGUCAUCUAGCUUUGCAUAUUUGAAGUGACAGCAAUUUAAUUUACAGGGCUAUCUUUUUACCUGUUUUGAAUUUCUAGUACUGUGUAUUCACAUGCUCCUGAUUUGGAGCACCAUUGUUUUUUUAAACAUUUUAAUCAUCUUAUAAAACAAAUUGUUACUAUAUCCAAUCAUUCCCAGUCCUCAUAAUGUAGAGAAGACCUUCAUUCUGUCCCUUCCAUAUUUGUGCUCCCAGUCAGGGCUUAUAGAUAGAAAUGAUGAAAUAGAUUGAGUGACUUUAUAUGGUCUAUAGGUACCAGAGGGACAGAGUUAAAGAUGAUCUCUUUUCCCUUGGAAAAAAGCAUAUAGAAAUUGGUUAUUCUUUUCUAUAUCUACUUUGUAUGGACCAUGGACAUGGAGACUAGUCUCAUACCUUGAAAAAUACAAAAGAAUGAGGAUCUGAUCUUCUGGGAAUUUAAAGAAGAUUUCCCCCUCUGGAACUGAGACAAGCUCAAACUCUGAUUCAUGAGUCUCAGAAUUGAGUUCAUUCAGAAUUUCAUGAUUAUUUGUGAAGGUAGAAUUUAAAAAUAAGCUCUCUUCUAUAGGUGAGGGAAUGAUGAAAAGUUCAACAUUUAAAAUUCCUUAGAAUCUGACCAUGUCUUUUUCAAUAGUAGUUGUUGGCAAUGAAAAAUCUUAAAAAAUGAGACUGAAAGUUCCAGCUGAAAUAAUUGUUUUUGGUUAUGCCUCACCUCUUGCCUUAAACAUAAGGAAAAUCAAAGCCAUUUUACUCACAUUUCAUAGAACUACUAUUUCCAUUUAUACCUCCCACUCUAUAAUGGGAGAUCCCUUAAAAUUGCAGAAGAGCUCUUCAGGGGAAUGAUAUUGGAGAAGGGGAUUGAGGGAGGGAAGAGUUGUGCAGUGAAGAACCAGAGUCCUGCCUCAGUAGAGGUAGGAAAAAGUCUUUUCCAUAUCACUCCUCAAAGCAGUACUGCUGUGCCUAAAUGGGUCAGACUGGAUUAAGAGUCAGUGGUUUUCUGACACUGUAGUUAUUAGUCAUUGCCAGAAGCUUGUUCUGAGCAGACAGAUGCUGUUCUGUCUGAAGAAAGAGUGAACUAAUAGAAAGGCAAUUCCUACAUCGAUUCGAAUAAGUUUCUUCAUGGAGUAGUACUGACUCUGGGUGGCAGUACCAAGGUUUUUGGGGAGUUUAUUAUUUAGCGAUUGGAUGUUGAAUAUACACAGGUUUAAUGGAGUCACUAUUUGGCUCCACUAAUCAUAACAAUAAUAAAAAAUGUGAGCAAAUAAAUAAAACGCAAGCAAAUUAAUGAAAGAAACCCACAGAGAGAAGAAGCUUCCCAAGUCUUGGGUAAGCUACAUCACUGGAUGACAUUGUUUCAAUGUGAUUGAGGGUUGGGAGCAACAUUGAAGACAUACGCAUUCAGUACUACAUAACCAAAGCAAUGAAAGUUAUUGGGUAGGGAAUAUUGGCCAGUGUUGUUCAGUUGUGUGCCAUGCUACCACAGUCCUCAUAAUCACUAGCCCAAGCUUUGGGCAUCUAAAGUGGGAGACCAAGGUGUGGAAGGGCUGCCAGUGUGCAAAUGAUGAUCUCUAACAAAAGAGUCAGUCACUCCGUUAGAGGUUGGAUGUGGUCACAGUGGCUUGCUGCUCCCUGUCUUGAAGUCCCCCUAGCAAGGAGAUUAAUUUGGUGAAUGAUAUUAUGAGUACUUGGUAAACAUGGUGAGAACACAAGUGUAUGUGUGUUCGUGCAUGUUUGUACGUGUGUGUCUCUGCUUAUCCAUGAUGGAAACAAUUGCUUUGCAGAAUGUCAGCAAGAAAUGUGUUAUAAUACUGGUGCUGAGUGGAAUGUGUGCUUUAAAAAAUUCCUUGUAUUUUAAUAAAACCUAAAGAAUGAAAA